AUGGCAACGAGUCUUGCUGAGCAAAUGCAGAUUCCCCAGCAGCCGAUGGCAACACCACCUACUCCAAUCGAGAUUGCUCGGGCGCUUAUGCAACGUAAAGACGAGAUCGACAGCCAUCUUCAAUUCCACGCGACCCAACUCGCAGACGAGGGGGUUACCAUGGACAGCCCGUUGGUCGAUGCUGAGGGUUUUCCAAGACCCGAUGUCGAUAUUUAUCGUGUCAGGAACUCGCGCAAGAGUAUCAUCGAGCUGAGAAACGACCGCAAUUUGGUUAUGGAGCAACUCGCAAACGUUCUCCAGCUCGUGUACGAUCCUUCUGUCACACAGCCAAACCCCCCGGUUACUGGCAUCGUAGUCCGGCACGGAAAGCCUUUCGCCAAAGUCGAUGGGGUGAGCCCAGGGAGUCCAGCAGCAGAAGCGGGUUUGCUGCGUGAAGACCUCAUUUUCCAGUUCGAUAACUUGACACAAAGCUCGUUCAGGACAUCGUCCCUGCGUGCGCUAGUUGAUGUCGUGAACGACAACGAGAAUAAAUCCAUACUGUUAAGGGUGCUGCGACAAGGGGAGGGUAUGACAUUAACUCUGGUUCCCAAACGUUGGAGUGGUCGAGGGUUACUUGGUUGCCAUAUUGUUCCGUAUUCACCUCCGUGA